AUGGAAGUUUCUCCUAUUCCAAUACCAUUAUGUUUUGCGGUCAUUCUUUUUAGCACGAGUCAUCUUUGUGUAUUUUCUGGGGUUGCCAUUGCACAGAAUGAAGUUGCUACAAGGCACUAUAAGUUUGAUAUAAGGUUGCAAAAUGUAACGAGAUUGUGCCACACAAAGAGCAUUAUAACAGUUAAUGGGAAGUUUCCUGGCCCUCCCAUAUUCGCCAGAGAAGGAGACAGAGUGGUGGUUGAAGUUGUCAACCAUGUCACUAUUCAUUGGCACGGUAUUCGACAACUUCAAAGCGGGUGGGCGGAUGGACCGGCAUAUAUAACACAAUGCCCCAUUAGAACUGGGCAGAGCUAUGUGUACAAUUUCACUAUAAUAGGCCAAAGAGGGACUCUCUGGUGGCACGCCCACAUUUCAUGGCUAAGAGCUACUACCUAUGGUCCCAUAAUUAUCCUCCCCAAGCUAGGAGACUCUUACCCUUUUGCCAAACCACACAUGGAAAUCCCCAUCCUGUUUGGUGAGUGGUGGAAUGCUAAUACAGAAGCAGUUAUCUCUCAGGCACUUCAGACUGGUGCUGGUCCUAAUGUCUCUGAUGCAUACAUAAUAAAUGGAUUUCCUGGACUAUUAUACAAUUGCUCUGCUAAAGAUACAUUCAAGCUGAAAGUGAAGCCAGGGAAAACUUACUUACUCCGUCUGAUCAAUGCAGCACUCAAUGAUGAUCUCUUUUUCAGCAUAGCCAACCACUGCCUCACUAUAGUAGAAGCUGAUGCGGUAUAUGUUAAGCCUUUCAAAACCAAUAUUCUCCUCAUUGCCCCAGGACAGACCACCAAUGUCCUUCUCAAAACCAAAAGCCACUAUCCAAAUGCCACUUUCUUAAUGUCAGCCAGACCAUACUUCACAGGCCAAGCCACAUUUGACAAUUCCACCACUGCAGGCAUUCUAGAGUACACACAACAAUCAAAAGGCCUUCCAGUCUUGAAACCAACUCUCCCCGCCAUUAACGACACUGCCUUUGCGGCAAACUUCAGCCAGAAAUUCCGCAGCCUGGCCAACGACAAAUUCCCUGUAAAGGUCCCACAAACCGUCAAAAAACGCUUCUGAUUCACCGUUGGCCUCGGGAGCAGCCCGUGCCUCAAGAACCAAACCUGCCAGGGCCCUAAUGGGACAAAAUUCUCGGCUUCGGUCAACAACAUCUCCUUCUCACUCCCCUCCACAGCAAUCCUCCAAUCCUACUUCAAUGGCAAGUUCAAUGGGGUUUACACAACUGAUUUUCCUAGCUUUCCUUUGGUGAAAUUUAAUUACACGGGCACACCACCAAAUAAUACUAAUGUUAGCAAUGGCACAAAAGUUGUGGUCCUACCAUUUAACAGAAGUGUUGAGUUGGUCUUUCAGGGCACUAUUAUUCCUGGUGCUGGGAGCCAUCCUCUUCAUCUUCAUGGUUACAAUUUCUUUGUAAUUGGUCAAGGUUUUGGCAACUUUGACCCCCGAAAGGACCCUGCAAAUUUCAAUCUUGUUGACCCUGUCGAAAGGAACACCGCGGCUGUUCCUUCUGGUGGAUGGCUGGCUGUUCGUUUCUUUGCUGAUAACCCUGGUGUUUGGUUUAUGCACUGCCAUUUUGAUGUCCAUCUGAGUUGGGGGCUGAGGAUGGCAUGGAUUGUCCUAGAUGGGGAGCUUCCUAAUCAGAAGCUGCCUCCACCACCGUCAGAUCUUCCAAAGUGUUGA